CUUCGUAUGCUUGUCCUCACAUGUCAAGCUCUGUGAGUGACUGUAACGCACAAAACACAAAGGAAGAAGCUGCACAGAAGUUAUGGCAUCCACUUUCAGAACUUGUUCAAUUGCAGUCUUGUCUUCACGACAUCACUCUUCCCCUUCCAUUCAUUCUCUCUCCCUAACCAAAGGGCAAGCAUUUGGGUGCAAAUUUUGUGGUGGAAUUGGAUUUCAUGGCGUUAAGGGAAAGUCUCAGUUUCCAGUUUUGAGUGUUGCCACGGACAUUAACUCUACUGAACAGGCAUGGAGGAUUGCUUCUAAAGAAAGUCAUAGGCCGGUGUACCCUUUUUCUGCCAUAGUUGGACAGGAUGAGAUGAAGCUUUGCCUUCUCCUAAAUGUGAUUGAUCCGAAGAUCGGAGGUGUAAUGAUCAUGGGGGAUAGGGGAACAGGGAAAUCUACAACUGUUAGGUCAUUAAUCGAUUUGCUUCCUGAAAUCAAGGUUGUUGCCGGCGACCCAUAUAAUUCAGAUCCAGAAGAUCCGGAAUUUAUGGGGAUCGAAGUGAGAGAGCGUGUGUUGAAAGGAGAGCAACUUGAAGUUGUCUUUUCUAAAAUUAACAUGGUGGAUUUGCCAUUGGGAGCUACAGAAGAUAGAGUCUGCGGGACAAUUGAUAUUGAAAAAGCCCUAACCGAAGGUGUGAAGGCGUUUGAGCCUGGCCUAUUGGCCAAAGCUAAUAGGGGAAUUCUAUAUGUGGAUGAAGUUAAUCUCUUGGAUGAUCACUUAGUUGAUGUCUUAUUGGAUUCUGCUGCAUCGGGUUGGAACACAGUUGAAAGAGAAGGUAUUUCGAUCGCACAUCCUGCUCGGUUUAUCCUAAUUGGUUCAGGAAAUCCUGAAGAAGGGGAACUCAGGCCACAACUGUUGGAUAGGUUUGGAAUGCAUGCUCAAGUGGGGACUGUGAGGGAUGCUGAGCUAAGGGUGAAGAUUGUGGAGGAAAGAGCUCGUUUUGACAAAAAUCCGAAGGAGUUUCGAGAGGCUUACAAAGCAGAACAGGAAAAGCUACAACAACAAAUUACCUCAGCAAGGAGUUUUCUUCCUUCUGUUCAAAUAGAUCAUGAACUCAAGGUAAAAAUCUCCAAGGUUUGUGCAGAAUUGAAUGUGGAUGGAUUAAGAGGAGACAUUGUGACAAAUAGAGCUGCAAAAGCUCUUGCUGCUCUCAAGGGAAGUGAAAAAGUAAGUGCAGAGGAUAUUGCUACUGUCAUUCCUAACUGCUUGAGACACCGUCUUCGAAAGGAUCCGUUGGAGUCCAUAGACUCGGGUUUACUUGUAAUCGAGAAAUUUUAUGAGAUAUUCAGCUGAACAUGGUAUAUCAUGGUUAUAUUUUGCAGUUUCUCUGUGGGGAUUUCACUGACUUUGAUUGUGAGUAAGAUUCUGAAAUUACAUGCCUGUCUUUCUCUAGUUUCUUCUGUAUGUUUAGUCUGCCAGCCUUUCACCCAAAAUGAGAAUUAAUGAGGAAAAUCAUGAGCUUGAGGGGCCUAAAAAAAGAACCGGACAAUCAACAAUGAACAGUUUAUUGUAAACUUGGUUCAUUCAUUAGCUUUGCAAUGACAGUUUAUAUUGUUAAAAUGUUGAUAUCGUCUUGUAAGUAUUUUGAGUGAAAUGUAUAGUGAAAUGUUUUCUACA